AUGGCUUCCCAAAAAGACCAACAACACAUCCUCAUCCUCGGCGCCGGCGUAAUCGGUCUAACAACCUCACUCGUCCUAUCCCACACGUACCCCACUGCCAAGAUAACUGUAGUAGCGAAGCACUUCCCCGGUGACCGCUCUAUAGAAUACACAUCGCCCUGGGCGGGCGCCAACUGGUCUUCUAUGGCCCACGACAACGGGCCACUUGAGAAAUACGACGAGGUCACCUUCCACCGAUUCGGUGAGCUUAUCGACGGGAAGAGUGUGUUUGGUUGUCAGACUCUGAAGGCUGGUGAGACGGAAGGCAUCGAUGGGGUAAAUGGAGGAGGGAAUGAAGCGGGUCUGGGGAGAAUGGGUAUGUGGGCUGCAUUCGAUGAGCCGAUUGAAGAAGCGGGCGUUUUGACGGAGGCGACGGGUAAGGUGUGGUAUGAUGAGUUAGUCGGGGGUUUGAGGAAGUUGGGUGGAAGUGAGUUGCCCGAGGGAGCGAACUUUGGAUUCGAGUUCCCAAGUACGUUCAGGAUCAACACCCAGGUUUAUCUGCAGUGGCUCCAAGCUCAAGCCCUGUGCAAAGGCAUCAGUCUCGUGCGCCGACACUACCCUUCCGUCGCAGAGGUCCUAAGCGACCACCCAUCCACCACCCUCCUGGUAAACUGCACCGGUCUCGGCUCCCUCAAGCUCUCCGACAUCAAGGACACGAAUCUGUACCCAACACGUGGUCAGACACUACUCGUCGCCGAACCAAAAACGCCAAUCACCAGAAUGUAUGAAAUGGAACGAGUCAAGUACGAAACUGCUAUUCUACUUGCCUUCCUCCGCCCCAGACCCGACUAUUCUCUGUGUAUCCAAUUUAACUAA